GAUCCCCACGGCCAGCAUGUGGGGCGCCGUGGGCGCCGUGGGGUUGGUGUGGGCUACCGACUGGCGGCUGAUCCUGGACUGGGUGCCCUACAUCAGUGGCAAAUUCAAGCGGGAGGACUGAGGGGUGGCCGCACAGACCCACUGGUUUCUGGUGGCGUCGACUCCCACCUCUCCACUGCCACGCCUGGAACGGCCCCAGCCUCAAGACAGAUGCCACGGGAUCCCCCAGGGCGACAGCGCGUCCGGGGUUUCUGGAAACUGCUUGAUGUCCGUGUCUCUGCGCGUGGCAUUAAACCUCCCUGAAACCGCC